AUGGCCGAUCCACUGUCAAUUGCCGCUAGAGUUGCAGGAUUGCUCUCACUUGGAAUCCAAGUUACCCAAUCUUUAACUGAAUUUUACUCUUCGGUCAAGGACCAAGCUACUGAUGUAUUCAAUAUCGUGCGGAACCUUGAAGAUCUUCUGAGUAUCUUCCGAACUCUGCAUGUCGCAAUACAAGAGCGCCGAUCUCGGCCCGGCGAACAAGAGCUACACCAAACUGUCAACACUGCAGUUCAAAACUGUAAAACAAUUAUCAAGGAACUUCAGGAUGAAUGCCUUAAAUUCCAGAAGGGCCAAACUACGGGUUUCUAG